AUGGGGCGAUCCAAACAAGGUAAAGGUGAUGACAAGGUAAAGAAAGUGUCCUCCUCUCCAUGGGCUCAGCCGAAGAAAGAACAAAAGCAGCCAAAGCUGGCAAAACCGGUCCAAAAUCCACAGGGAACCUUUGAAACUGCACGUGGUGCCUCAGCAUUGCAGAACAACGACCAGUCUGAGGAAGUAUAUGAUGUACACGAUAACGAGGGAUCCGUGGUCAAUGGAGCAGCGUCAGAAACGCAGAGUGAACUGGACAAACUCAGUACUAGCAGAGAGUCGACUGACUCUACUGAUCAACAUGAACAGGGAAUUUCGCCAUCACUGACGAAAGAAUUUGAUGCCAAAGUCCGUCCAUACAUUGACCUUAUUGACAACCUGCGGGCCUAUGGUUUGGACAGAGACGUGGGACUGCCGGCGGUGGCAGUGAUCGGGGACCAGAGCUCGGGGAAAAGUUCUACCCUAGAGGCCAUAUGUGGAAUUCAGCUGCCGCGGGGCUCCGGUAUCGUCACCCGGUGUCCUCUAGAGUUAAGAAUGAAAUGCCAGCGGGAAAAGGAUCUUAACUGGGGUGGGAAGAUCUCUUACAAGGACAAACAUGGACACAAGCAAUCUAAAGACAUCGACACCUCUGAGUCUGUAGAAGAAGCUGUCAAAGAAGCCCAGGAUGCCAUGACCGAGGGUGAAGUAGGAAUAAGUGAGGAACUGAUCACUUUGGAGGUGACGUCGCCUAAAGUCCCCGAUCUUACACUCAUUGAUCUGCCUGGGAUAGCCCGUGUGGCUGUGGAGGGACAACCCGCGGAUAUAGGCCGACAGAUUAAAAAGCUGAUUAAGCAUUACAUCCAGAAGCCGGAGACGAUCAUCCUGGUGGUGAUUCCCAGUAAUGUGGAUAUCGCGACCACAGAGGCCUUACAACUCUCACAAGCGUUUGAUCCGGAGGGUAAACGAAGUCUAGGAGUCCUCACCAAGCCAGACCUCAUCGACAAGGGCGCUGAAGCUCAGGUGCUCAAAGCUGUUAACAAUCAGGUGAUACCCUUAACGAAGGGCUACACCAUGGUUAAGUGCCGUGGACAGGCGGCCGUGGACGAAAAACAAACCUUACAGGAGGCAAUCCAAGAUGAGAAGGAUUUCUUUGAAAAUCACGACAAAUUCAGAGUCCUUCCUCAGGACCAGCGAGGGAUUCCUAGUCUGGCAAAAAGGCUGACAGUGGAACUAAUAAAGCAAAUCAAGUGGGCGUAUGGUAUGAUUAUGUCAGAUACAGGCUUCCGUAGGAUGAAGCAAGUUACAGAUGCUCUGAGUGGUCUCCAUGGUUACACUGCGUACCUUGAGUUUCUACUCUUCCGAAAUCUGUAG